AUGUCCACCCUACCGGCGGCGAAUGGGCAAUCGCCUCCGAAGGAGACGACCACCACCCAACCCAAGGACAGACCAGCGAAACCAAAGAAGAAAGGCUGCAGUUUCGCUCAGAUACAUUCAAAACCGUUGCCGCUCGAGAUCCACCCACUGCCGGCUUUUCACCCAUCCAACCCAAUUUCUCUGCUAAGGAUAGCAUACACCUGGAUAUCCCAUCUUCUUUACCCGCCGACAUCUCAUGCCGAGGAACCGUAUGUUGGCUAUUUCUCACUAGAAACCCGAUCAGUGCACGUUACAGAUCCAAAGCAUGUGCGAGCGCUGUGGGAGAUGGGCUUCUUUGGCAAAGGGACUUUGAGCCGGAGUGAGCCUAGCUGGCUGGAGCGAGAGAAGGCGCGUGUGAUGAGUGAGAUGCGCGGGAGCAGGGGCCGCAAGGCUGCGGAAGAUGCUACGAUUGCGCGGAGGGAGGAAAGGAGGUUGUUCAAGUUGGAGAGGGCGAGGGCGGAGAGGGAGAAGAUUGAGAGGCAGAGGUUGGCGGAGAGGGGUGAGCUGGAGGCGGAGGAUGUGGAUGUGAAGGAAGAAGACGUAGCAGAGUCUGAGGUUCAGGCUCAGGCAGAGGACGAGACUUUGGCGGAAGAUCAGAAAACUGAUGCGGUGAGCGAACCUCUGCAUGAGAAGACUCCCGCCGACUUGGAAAAGGACGAUGCGAAGAAGGCCAAUGAGAUUAUCGAGGCCCAGGAAAUUCCAGAGCCCAACAUUGACAACCAAGAACACCUCCAACUCACCCUCGAGGAAGCCUUCUUUCUAUCCUAUGCCCUCGGUGUCCUCACCAUCCUCCCACCACAAUCGCCACCCACCUCCACCAAGCCGCCACCUUCAGUCUACACCGCAACAACCCUCCUCAGCCUCUUCGCCCAACACUCCACCUUCCCGCCUUCAACUUGCCAUCCGGCCCCCGACGACCCCUUCCUCCUCUCCUACAUCACUUACCACCACUUCCGCUCCCUGGGCUGGGUCGUCCGCCCCGGCGUGAAAUUCGGCGCCGACUACCUCCUCUACAACCGCGGCCCGGUCUUCUCGCACGCUGAGUUUGCCGUCCUCGUCAUGCCGUCUUACUCGCAUCGCUACUGGAACUCGCCCGGUGGGAGAGGGCAGAGAAGGGUGCAGGGGGAGAAGGACUGGUGGUGGUUGCAUUGUGUGAAUCGCGUGCAGGGGCAGGUGAAGAAGACGUUGGUGUUGGCUUAUGUGGAGGUACCGAGUCCGUUUGAGGUGGAUUGGGAGGGUGGGGUGGGUGAGGUGUUCGGGAGGUAUAAGCUGAUCGUCGAGAUGGCGGAACCAUCAGUAAUACCCAAGGUCGGCGGUGAUGGCUUCGCCAUCAGUCAGAAUACGACUUUUUCCGGCGUUCUCUGUGACGCUCACGCGUUGCUCGUGAUCGACGUGCUCUGGGGCGCUAUCAUCUUGUACCUCCUUUUUGCGCAUUUCGUCCGGUCGAUCAGCGACAUCUAUUCGCCGGCGGCCUCGAAGAAGGUCCUUCUGUUUGCCCUGCUUGGUGGUGUGGGUGCCGUGACCGUCGCUCUUAGCACGGUCAGAGCAGGCUGUUCGCCGCGGCCGUGGUACGAGUCGGCCAUCCAGGUGGUGUUCGCUGUCGUGGGGGCCAUUCGGACCCAAAUUAUAGUCUGGGCCGACUAUACUAAGACGCUGGAGAAGGAGAAGCAGCAGCAGCAACAGCAACAGCCGGCCGUCGAGCUGGCUCCUCUCCCUCCUCAUCACCCUCCUUCUGGCUCGGAGCCGUCACCCUCCGAAGCCUUUGGCACCGUUCGUCGGCGGCAGCCAACAUCAUCAUCGUGA